AUGCCUGCGCUUCACAUCUAUGGCAGGAGGUGGCACACGUGCACCGACAUGGUGCCCGUGCCCUCCAUCCUUGGUCUCUUGUUUCACGGAGCAUGGAUUGUGGUGUUCGUCUCGCUCGUUGAGGUUACUCAUGUGUGGGAGACAUGUCGUGGGCCUGGAGUACACUACAUAGUAACUACUGCUGGCCUUCUGGCGGUGUUUGUCGUUUCAUUUGUGGCGGAGGUGCUCUUGACAACGAUAGGUUGCAGAGUGUACGGUACUGUGAUGGUGGCACACGUUGAGCCAUCCUGCUGGACGGGCCUGCAGCGAAAACAUGUGCUCAUGACUGCACAGGCCAUGGUCUACAGCACUUGGAUCUUCUCUGCCGUCCUCUGGCUGACGGUGUACAUGGUCUACAAUGCGUACCCUUCCCGGGCCAAGGUGCGCACAUGGGAGCAGCGCGUGGUGUGCGUCAGCUGGAUGCUCGGCUGCUACAAGACCAUGAUGCAGCAGGUGGACGGCAGGUCGGCUCCCCUCACAAGCGUGGCACAAGUGCUCUCAGGGCUGUUUGGCAAUGCAGACCUGACGCCGUCAGACCUGAUAGCGGCGCUUGUGCUCUGUACAGCCGCACAGCACCAGCGCCGGCGGCUGCACAUCAAACACGCGCUAGAACCAGUGGAGGACGCACUGAGCGCCAUCACUCUCAGCGAGAGCAACGACAGCCUCGGCCAAGGCGGCCCGAGGGACGAUGGCGCGCAGAUGUACACGGGGAUUGACAAGCGAACGCUGGCCAAGAAGACCUCAAACUUCAGCGGGACGCCCCCCUCUGCGCCCCCCACUCCCGGCCGCGCCGGCGAGUCCCCCCGAGGCUCCUAUGACAGCUCCAGUGGCCGGCUGGCGGAGGUGCAGUUGAGCACGCUAAGGCACUCGCUGGAGGGCAUGCGCAAGUCCAACGUGGACCAUACCGGGCACCUGCAGGGCAUCCUCGAGGCAGACAGCUCGCAGGAAGCCAUCAGCACGCAGUCCAACGGAGGCAACGCCGCCAGGCAGCCCGAGCAGACAAACCGCAUCGGCCGCAAAUCUGACAGCGUUCCCGAGCGGGCGGCCGUGUCAGAUCAGGCGACGGCACCCCCCGCCGAGGGAUCCUCCUCCGGGGGGACCACGCCUGAACAGGCAAGAAGCAGCCAUUCGGCCGCGCCUGAUCAGGCCACAGCCGUGGCCGCCAGGGGGCCCGAGCCUGAACAGGCGCGGCGGCCGGAGACGGCCGGCCUUUUGGAAGCGGGGAAGUCAGCCUUCAGCCGCGUGACAGGCGCCGUCUUUGGGGGAAGAUCCGCAGAGGAUGCAGAGCCUCCAACGCGAGAGAGCAGGGCUCAGACAGGCGCGGAAGAUGCUAUGGAGAGGGGGGAGGGAACAGCGGUGGCCGGGGAGACAGCCAGCGGAGAGCUGGCAGUGAGUAAUGUUGCGAGUGAUGUGAGCGAGGCAGGGUCAGGGGAUUGGAAGGGUGAGGAAGGCGAGGACGGGGGAAUCGCCGGCAAGCUCAGAAAUCUCAAGGAGCGGUUUUCGCUGAGGGACGGAGGGCGCUCAGAGGCGGAUGAAGGGGAGUCUGAGCAGGAGAGGGAGAAGCUUCACCUCACACAGGAGCUAAAGCAGAAGCUGAAGGAGAAGGUGCACAGCCAGAGCAAAGCUCGGCGAGAGGCGGGUCCCACACUCAAUGCAGGAGGACACAAGGUGACGGCGCCUGACAAGGACACAACAGUGGUGCCACUGCCCCACAGCCACCACCAUGAGAGCUCCAGUGACAUCGGCCCCAUCUGGACAGAGAGGGACUCUGCUGGGCACGGCGCCAAGCAGGCAAGCCUCUCUUUCAGCCAUGCAGCCACCAUAGAGAUUUGGUAUAUUACUAUUGAUAUUAUUGGUGUUCUUGCUGUUUGGACGCUAUUGCUGCACACAGAAAAAAAUGAGCUGCAGGCGGGCGGCGCUGAUAGGGUGAGUGAGGAGGGGCGCAGUGAGGAUGGCGCCAGCGCACAGGGGCAGCCUGGCACACUUGCAGCCAUAGGCAGCUACCUUGGCAGCUGGAUAGGCAUGCCCUCCGUGGAUGAAGGCACAGAGCAGGAUUUGGAUGAGGAUCUGAUGGCGGUGCCCGAUGUGCCUGGGGAGAGCCCAAACCACUCGCGCCAUGGGACGGCCAAAGGGAAUGGAUCCUCGACUCCUUUCAUGCACAGAAAGGGCUCUGUGACCCUGAACCUCAGCGAAGUGGACGAGGAUACACUCCGGGACUUUGAAAAGAGGACGAGCGCAACGGGUGAGGGCAUGGAGCAGGCUAUAGAGGACUUGCGCGACAGCCGCCGCUUUCCCGACUCGCGGCGCAUUUCUCAGAAGUUCCCUGUCAUCCUAACUCCCUCUGAGCAGGUCACAGAGCAGGUAGAGGAGCUGAACAUAGACAUGGAACCAGGGGAGAUUGUGGACGACAUCCUAGGUAGGCGGAAGAACGUGGCGUUUGAUACCCUGGAGGAGGCAGCAGUCUAUGCAAGGUUUGCAUGCGCAGCCUAUGCUGUGGUGGAGUACCAGGACACCAGGGAUGAGGAGCCCAAAUUCAAGAUCCCUCCCUGCUGUGGAACCUGCGGCGGCUGCUGCUGCUGUGCUCCCAAGACAGUGGAGGGCCAGGAUGAAGUCAGGAGGACUAUCGCUGAGGUGGCGGGGGUGGACGAGAAGGACAUUUUGUACUUCAGCCCCUCCAAUCAAGUGCUCGCGCAUCUGCCCUACUGCAUCGGUCUGGACAAGAAGCACAAAGCGGUGGUGGUGGCGAUUAGGGGCACGAUGAGCAUGGCAGAUGUGGUCACAGACGCUGUCGUGCACCCAGAAGGCAUCGAUGACUGGCUGCCGCCAAAGUUUGCCAAGGCAAACAAGCACAAGCGAGGGACAGCGUUCGGCCAUGCGGGGAUAGUGGCGUCAGCUUCUGCAGUGCUGGCGGAUCUGGAGAAGGGGGGAAUAUUGAGGGUUCUGCUGGGGGGCGACGAAGAAAGAGAGAACAUGGAGGACGAGGGCGGCGCCGAUAGUAAGGGGGAGGCUGUGGGCGCCUUCAUGCAGGAGAAAGUGGACGCCAAGGGGUAUCGGCUGGUGGUGACGGGCCACAGCUUGGGCGCGGGUGCAGCCGCCCUCAUCUCACUCAAGCUGAGAGACCGAUUUGAGGAUCUGAAGUGCUGGGCGUUCAGCCCUCCCGGCGGCCUGGUGAGCGAGUCGCUGCUGCCGGCAAUGCGCGAGUGGUGUGUGUCGGUGGUGUGCGGCAAGGAUGCAGUCCCGCGCAUGACCGUCAACAACCUCGCCCGCCUCAUGGACGAGAUGAUCACCGCCCUCGCGCGCUCACGGCAUCACAAGCUGCGCGUGCUGAUUGGCGGCUAUUGGCGCAAAGAGAACCGGCCGCCGCCGCAACACCUCUUCCGCGCCUACGAUGACAUCCCCCGUGAGUGCCGCAUCUUCCUCGAAAAGUACUACAAGAGCGUGGAGCGCCGCGGCAAGGAGAUGGACAUGUUUCCCCCGGGGCGCAUGAUCUUUGUGCGCCCGCUGAAAACACUGGUCGGCCGGCGCCACCGCGGAGGGCCGAAGCGGAUGGAGAAGGGCUGGGACUGCGUUUGGGUCUCCCCAGAGGAGCUCAUUGCCGAGGGAAUCCUCAUCUCAGGCCGGAUGAUGGAGCACCACCUGCUGCAGUCAACGCUGAUGGGCGCCCUGGACCACUGCAUAGAGCGGCACCCGGCCAACCCACGCCCCAAAAAGGCUCCCAAACGGCGCCGCCUGCGCAAGAAGGCCGACGACCCCAAAGACAUUGUCGAACUGGCGCAGGUGGUUGUGGAGGGGCCUGACCAGCAGUCCCCUCUCUGA